AUGGACGUCCUUCGGGACAGGGACCACCAGGAGGUGUUGAUCUUCCGAGCCAGCAUUCACAGUUGUCUUUUCUUCUCCCAGCUUUACCAACAAGGACGACUAUGCCAGUUGGGUAGCGAAUUUUGUGAACUAGAAGUUUUUGCGAAGGUUCUUCGAGCUUUAGACAAAAGACAUCUACUUCAUCACUGUUUUCAAGCACUGAUGGAUCAUGGAGUGAAGGUGGCCUCAGUGUUGGCCUAUUCGUUCAGCCGGCGGUGCUCUUACAUAGCUGAAUCAGAUGCGGCUGUGAAGGAAAAGGCUAUCCAGAUUGGAUUUGUGUUAGGAGGGUUCCUCUCGGAUGCUGGCUGGUAUAGUGAUGCCGAGAAGGUCUUCCUUUCCUGCCUUCAGCUAUGUACCCUUCAUGACGAAAUGAUCCACUGGUUUCGUGCAGUGGAGUGUUGUGUGAGGUUGCUGCAUGUUCGAAACGGCAAUUGUAAAUACCAUUUGGGAGAAGAGACGUUCAAAUUAGCCCAGUCUUACAUGGACAAACUAGCAAAGCACGGCCAGCAAGCCAACAAAGCAGCCCUGUAUGGUGAGCUGUGUGCUCUGCUGUUUGCAAAGAGCCAUUAUGACGAGGCUUACAAGUGGUGUAUAGAAGCCAUGAAAGAGAUCACCGUCGGCUUGCCAGUAAAAGUUGUAGUGGAUGUUUUACGGCAAGCUUCAAAGGCUUGCGUUGUGAAACGCGAAUUUAAGAAAGCCGAACAGUUGAUAAAACACGCCGUGCACCUAGCUCGGGAGCAUUUUGGAGCCAAGCACCCAAAAUAUUCAGACACACUACUAGACUAUGGGUUUUAUUUACUCAACGUAGACAACAUAUGCCAGUCAGUUGCGAUUUACCAGACGGCGCUAGACAUCAGACAGUCAGUGUUUGGCGGCAAAAACAUCCACGUCGCUACCGCUCAUGAAGAUCUGGCGUACUCUUCUUAUGUUCACCAGUACAGUUCGGGCAAGUUUGACAAUGCGCUAUUCCACGCAGAGCGCGCCAUUGGCAUCAUAACUCACAUUCUUCCUGAAGAUCAUCUUCUUCUGGCCUCUUCCAAGAGAGUUAAAGCGCUGAUCUUAGAAGAGAUUGCCAUCGACUGUCACAACAAGGAAACGGAGCAGCGGUUGCUCCAAGAAGCCCACGAUUUACACCUGUCCUCCCUCCAGCUCGCUAAAAAAGCAUUCGGGGAGUUCAACGUGCAGACAGCGAAACACUACGGUAACCUUGGAAGACUCUAUCAGUCAAUGAGGAAGUUUAAGGAAGCAGAAGAAAUGCACAUCAAGGCGAUUCAGAUCAAGGAGCAACUUCUGGGCCAAGAGGAUUACGAAGUAGCUCUCUCCGUGGGACAUCUUGCCUCACUUUACAACUACGACAUGAACCAAUACGAAAACGCUGAAAAGCUUUACUUGAGAUCGAUAGCAAUUGGGAAGAAGCUUUUCGGAGAAGGUUACAGUGGACUAGAGUAUGACUACCGAGGCCUCAUUAAACUGUACAAUUCCAUUGGCAAUUAUGAGAAAGUAUUUGAAUACCACAAUAUUUUGGCCAACUGGAACCGGUUGCGGGACCGUCAGUUUUCGGUAGCAGACGCCCUGGAGGAUGUCAGCAGCAGCCCUCAGCCCACUGAAGAAGUGGUCCAGUCUUUUCUGUUGUCGCAGACCAUCGACGAACAGAUUUGCUAAGGAACUUGGUCGAUUUUACCAACUGCUAAUUCCCCCCACACACAUACACACACACACACCAUUUUCCCCAAAUUUACACGGGAAAGUCAUACUGUGAAAUCUGAAAACCAUGUCGUUGGUUUUUUUUUCUUGAGGAGGCUGGAGUCGCAUUGAAACACUGGUCCAGACCAUAAAAAUCCCCCGGCUUGGGGUGAUCCCAACUUCGGCAGAGUGCCUGUACAGACAGAUGUGUGCUAAAAUUCUUACCAGCAUGUUUAUUUUCAGCUCGCAUUUUCAACCUGAUAUUAAAAAAAAAAGAAAGAAAGACUUCCAUGUUGGUUUUUUCUCCCCCUCCCCCUUUUCUUUUUUGUUGGAAAGACGCUACUUUACAGGAGAUCUCUGCAAGCAAAGAGAGAAAUAAAACCAUUUAAAUGUCCUAAAGAGUUGCAUUCUUCAUUGUGAGAGGAAGGGGGCCAUCUGGUCAGCACUUCCGACGAGUUGGAGUCGGAGAGCACCGGGUGGUUUUGCUCCUUCUUACACUAAGGUGGUCAUAUUCAGUACGGAUCUGUCAGGAAACAGCAAUGGUUCAUCACGGAUAUUCACACACACAGAGGGGGGGUGUUAAGAUCUGGCUUUUGCCUUUUUUCUGCCUUACGAGGAAGCACAGCAACAAACUCCUCCAGGAAGCAACGCUGGGUCGCGAACUGUGCUAGGCUGCCGAUUGACCAACCUGGGCUUUUCAACAAGCAUCCGUACCGGACCAGUGAUUGUUGGAAGGCGAUAUAAAUCCCUCUUGGCUUUCCUUGUCGAUAGAGGAACAAGUUAACCACAGUUUUGUGGGGGGGGUUCUGUCACAGGACCAGGAGAAUUAAAAACGGACCAGUCUGUCCUUAGAAAAAGCGUGCCGUCUUGGACCAAUGGCUCCACGUUAUGAUUUCUGCCCCCCCUCCCCCCACAUUCACAUCUA